AUGAGUGAAACUGCAAAGACUUUGGAACUAUUUCCUUCUAUUAAAGUUGCUGAACAUACUUCUCCAAAUGAUUGCUGGGUAACCGUUGAUGAAAGAAAAAUUUAUGAUGUUACUAAAUUCUUAAAUGAAAAUAAAGAUUUGAAAAAUGAUAAUAAACAUGAAAUUUUACUAUCAUUCGCCGGUAAAGAUAUUACUCAAGCUUUAAAUAACGAAUUAAUUACUUUCAAUUCUUUAAUCGAAUCCGAUAAAUUCUUAAUUGGUUAUUUAGCAACAACUUUAGAAGAAGAAGAAUUGUUGUCUAAUAAAAAUCAUAAAGUGGAAGUUAAUAUUGUCGAUUCAAAAACUAAUAAUGGCAAGCAAAAAAACUUUGAUUCAACUACUUUUGUGAAGGAUUUACCAACUGAAGAUAAACUCAGUAUCGCCACUAAUUAUAAAAACGAUUACGAAAAACAUCAUUUCUUAGACUUAGAAAAACCUUUAUUAAAACAAAUUUUAUUCAGUGAUUUCACUGUUGAUUUUUAUGUCGAUCAAGUCAACAGACCAAGACAUUUCGGUAAGACUUCUGCUCCUCUAUUCGGGAAUUUCCUAGAACCACUAACUAAGACUCCAUGGUGGGUUAUUCCUAUUGUUUGGUUACCUGUUGUCAUUUACCAUUUUGCCGUUGCAUGGAGAAAUCAAAACCAUCUGUUAACCGUUUUCUUAUUCGGUGUCGGUGUCUUUGUCUGGACUUUUAUUGAAUAUGCUCUACAUAGAUUUGUUUUCCAUUUCGAUAAUUAUUUACCUCAAAAUAAUUUGGCUUUCGUUAUUCAUUUCUUACUACAUGGUUGUCAUCAUUAUUUACCAAUGGAUCCAAACAGAUUAGUCAUGCCUCCAACUCUAUUCGUCAUGUUAUGUACUCCUUUCUACUGGGUCGUAUUCAAAUCAUUACCUUUGUACUGGGCUUAUGCAGGCUUCGCUGGUGGUCUGUUUGGUUACGUCUACUAUGAUGAAUGCCAUUAUUGGUUACAUCAUUCUAAGAUGCCAAAAUUCAUGAGAAAAUUAAAGAAAUUCCAUUUAGAACAUCAUUAUAAAAAUUAUCAAUUAGCUUUUGGUAUCACUUCGUGGUUCUGGGAUAAUGUCUUUGGUACUUACUUAUAUAAUGAUUCUCCUGUAUCUCCAAUGAAGUAUGAGUGA